CUUAGUGACGUCAAAUGUUUUAAGUUGUGAAGAAAUGUUUUCAAUGGAGACCACCGUGUUUUAAGUAUUACUACCGGAACAAGAUAAAAUUCUAUCCAAUUAUGACUUGAAUGUAUUAUUCAUUCGUUGUUUCGGGAUAAAACAAUGUAAAAUCAGCGGUACUUCGUAAAUUAUCCAUAUUGUGUAAUUUUCUGGUCGUGGAACAAUGAAUUUCGAGAUUCCUGCCGGAUUAACUGACUUGCUUCAGGAGUUCACUGUUGCAGUUCUUAGAGCGCGACCUUCUAAUUUAGAAGCAUUCGCAUCGGAUUAUUUUAUGAAACUUAAUGAGAAAAAAAAUCCAACCGUAAAAGCUGGCGGAAUAAGAUUUCAGUCAGAUAUUAAUCUAAUAGAAGAUAACGGAAAUGACUCAAACAACGAAGACGAAGAUAAUGAUCCAGAACCUCCCAGGCCUCCACCACCUACUCGUGAUAGAAGGAAAUCAGUUUCUGCAGAACGCUAUGACCCAGAAGCUGAUGAUGACCAAUCCUACUCUAAGGUGGUACAUCCAAAGUCAGAUGACCAGAGAAAGAGGUUACAAGAUGCCAUUAAAAACAUUUUGUUAUUUCGCUCGCUGGACCAAGAGCAGAUGCAAGAAGUUUUAGAUGCCAUGUUUGAGAAAGAAGUAACUCCAGGACAGGAGAUCAUUAGACAAGGAGAUGAUGGUGAUAAUUUUUAUGUCAUUGAUAGUGGCAAGUAUGACAUCUAUGUUGGAGAAGAAAACAAGAAGAAGGUGGUUGGUCAUUAUAAUAAUGAAGGCUUCUUUGGAGAGCUUGCCCUUAUGUACAACAUGCCCAGAGCAGCCACUAUUGUUGCUGCAUCCAAUGGAACAGUCUGGGGCUUGGAUAGGCAAACGUUUCGAAGGAUUGUAUUGAAAACAGCUUUCAACAAGAGGAAAAGAUAUGAGAAGUUGAUCGAAGGCUGUGUUAUGCUAAAAACACUUGAUAUGUAUGAACGUAUGAAUGUGUGUGAUGCUCUGACUUCCCAGCAGUUCUCUGAUGGCGAGAGGAUCAUUAAUCAGGGGGAUAAAGCUGAUUGCAUGUAUUUUGUGGAGGAAGGUCAAGUCAGAAUUGCCAUGCUCAAUAAGGCUGAUCCAUCUGCUACAGAAGAAAUUGAAAUCAACAAACUAGGCCCUGGAGGAUAUUUUGGAGAAUUGGCAUUGGUGACUAAUAAGCCUCGUGCAGCCUCUGUAUAUGCCAUUGGAACUGUGAAGUGUGCAGUGUUGGAUGUCCACGCAUUUGAGCGACUAAUGGGACCCUGUAUGGACAUCAUGAAGAGAAAUAUAGAUCACUAUGAGACACAGUUAGUUUCCAUAUUUGGCAAGAAGACAAACAUCACUGAUUUGCGAUGAAACUAGGAAAUGAUUUAGUAUUCACUAUAAAAUAAUGUAGUUCUAUAAAUAGAAUAAGUUUGGGUAAGAUUCCAAAGUUGUAUAGCGAAAAUGAUCUUGUGAGAAAGUUUGGCAGUAAAAGAUUGACAUUGAAAGACAUGCCUGUGUAUUCUUCCCAAUGACAGUCAUUUUGUUUACAAUGAUAUAAUAUAUAUGAAUUUAAAACAUCAGCUAGGGCAAAAUACAAUUUGUGAAAAAUAGCACAAUCUUGACCCAGGUACAUUUGUCAAUGCUCCACUUAAUGUAUUGAAGAGUAUUGUAAUACUAAAAUGAUGUGUUUUCUGUCUACCUCUGUCUUAUUUGUUAGUCCCGUAAAAUUGAUUUCCCUCCAGUAGCACCAGCAUGCUAUUAUUAUUCCCUCCAGUCAUACUAACAGUCAUAUUCCAAAUAUUCCCGUUCUUUUUUUUUUCAAUAUUAUUUGUAUAGUUAUUUAAGAUUCCAUCCAAUCAAAUCAAAACUAGUCAGGUGUUUUGGCAUUGGCAGGUUAGAUCUCUUGAAUGUAGUGGUCUUCCAUUAGAGAAGCCAUUUUUCUACUAGCAAUCAAUGACUGGACAGAAAAAAAUUAUUUCAAAUUGGAUGACCAAGCAGAUUCUAGUAAUGAUGUAUGUGUGUGAUGACUUAAUAUUGUAUGUUUCCAAUUGCUCAAGCAAUGGUUUCCACACCAGGUGUUUGCUCUGCUUUAUGUUCCAUGUGCUUGUAUCUGUUGUCAACUCCCCUCCAAACAUCAAUGCUCAAGUAUCAUUUGAUUGUGAAUACCUAAAAAAAAAUAAAGGCCUGAUAAUCUCAAAGCAUGGAGAGAAAGAUUUGAGUUGGAUCCCAUCUACUGACAACCACACUGCAGCAUUAGACCACCAUUGUGAUUGGUGUAAGAUAGUUUUGUUUGUUCCUUCAUCACACAACACUGCAUUUUCUCUAUGUUUUCAUUCAGGUCCAGGGUCACAUGGUCAUUAUUCCACGCUAAGUUUAUUUGAUAUGAGGAAGUAACAGUUAGGGCUGGAUCUAGAAUUUGAGUUGAAACCUUGUAAAACUCAUUAGAGAAAAUGCAGUGAUCAGAUAUGCCACACUUUUUCUACUUUAUUCAAAUAUCUGAUUUUAUGAUUAGCUAUUUUUUUAAGGCAAAUUUUUGUUUCUUCUAAUUUUGUUUGGCAAAUUUGUUCAGCUUUAUAGUCACGAUGUAGCUGUUACUGGCGCAACCUGCACGUGGAUUUAUGUCUGACGUGGAUGACUAACUAAUAAAUUGAAAUUAUUCAAA